GCUACUCGAGUUAAAGUUCAAGCAAGCACAACACACAAAAUGUUCAAAUACGUCGCCAUUGUUGCCCUUCUAAUUGCCUCCGCCAGCGCUGGUCUGAUUGAAACUCACCAAGUGCUCCACGAGCCCGUUCUAGCCAAGGUGGGCACCGUUGUGCACAGCGCUCCUUCGGCUGUCUCCCAUCAGAGCAUCACUCAGGUCCACAGCAAGCCUGUCAUCCAGCACGUUGUGGCGCCUGUGCUGAAGACCACCAUCCAUGCUGCUCCAGCUGUCCACGCCGUGCAUGCUGCUCCAGUGGUUCACUCCGUUCAUGCUGCUCCUCUGCUGCACGCUGCUCCUGCUGUGGUGCCAGUCGUGCACUCAGCUCCUGUGAUCAAGUCUGUGCUGCACACAGCUCCUUUGGCCUACUCUCUGCAUCAUUAA